AGUGCCUUCCUUCCCCCACGGGGGGUUUCUAGUCCCAAAUAUACGCGCGUGCUUGCUUGGGAUACAGCUUGUGUGUUUGAAUCGUAACGAGGGGGGUUUAAAAAAGAAAAAAAAAGAAAACAAGGCGCUUCUUUCUCGCAUUGCGCGUCAUUCAAACAGGACUCAGUGUACUGCUUUUUUCCUCUCUGUUGCAUUAGUAAUAACAGCAGCGUUGACGAGAGACAGCAGGAGGAGAGGAGGGUGUGUGUCUCCCGACAGCAUUGCCCAGCAGAGGAAUACUGAGCUUUUUUUUUUGCUUUUUUUUUAUGCUUAGUUAUUUACACCAGCGCUUCUUGUCUUGUUGUUUGCUUUCUACCCUCUCGGACGAUCACGUGCGAACAUCGCCGCGAGUCUAGAAAAGGAGGAAGACGACUUCUCACCUGGUGCGUCUCUUUUGACUUUUAACGACAGGGAAAUAAGCCUGCCUUAUUUUUGAUUGAGUGUGUGAGGCAGCAUCGCCAGACUCCCAUCCCACCCUGCCAAGGACAAAAGUGACAGCAAGUUUUCUCCCUUAGGGAUGAAAUAUGCACACUCUGCAUCUGUAGAAAGAAGAAGACAACGUACAGUGUGAGGUGAAAAGUGGUUUUAAAUCAUGAUGAUGCAGGAGUCGGCCACAGAGACAAUAAGCAACAGUUCAAUGAGUCAAAAUGGAAUGAGCACCCUAAGCAGCAGCCAAUUAGAGGCUGGCAGUAGAGAUGGGAGAUCAAGCGCUGGUGACACAAGCAGCGAAGUAAGCACAGUCGAGCUACUGCAUCUGCAACAACAGCAGGCACUACAAGCAGCGAGGCAAUUACUCUUGCAGCAGCCAGGCAGUGGCCUGAAAUCUCCAAAGAGCCAGGACAAGCAGCGUCCACUGCAGGUUCCAGUGUCAGUGGCCAUGAUGAGUCCCCAAGUGAUCACGCCACAACAGAUGCAGCAGAUCCUCCAGCAGCAGGUUCUCUCCCCACAGCAGCUCCAGGCUUUGCUCCAGCAGCAGCAGGCAGUGAUGCUGCAGCAGCAACACCUGCAGGAGUUUUAUAAGAAACAGCAGGAACAGCUUCAUCUGCAGCUUCUCCAGCAACAGCAUCCCGGCAAGCAGGCUAAAGAGCAACAGCAGCAGCAGCAGCAGCAGCAGCAGCUGGCCGCCCAGCAGCUCGUCUUCCAGCAACAGCUCCUGCAGAUGCAGCAGCUUCAGCAGCAGCAGCACCUGCUCAACAUGCAGCGGCAGGGCCUGCUUUCACUGCCCGGGCCCGCUCCAGGUCAGGCCGCCCUGCCCGGACAGACCCUGCCCCCAACAGGUGGUUUAAGCCCAGCGGAGCUCCAGCAGCUAUGGAAAGAUGUGACCGGAGGUGGUGGUGGUGGUCACACCAUGGAGGACAAUGGCAUCAAACACAACAGCAGUGGCGGCAUUGGUGGCGCCAACACUGGGACCGGAGUGGUCAGCAGCGGGUUAGACCUCUCCACCAACAACUCCACUUCAACUACCUCCUCCAACCCUGCCAAAGCAUCGCCGCCCAUCUCGCAUCAGUCCCUCACCAAUGGACAGUCGCCCAUCCUCAACCACAGACGAGAGCGGGAAAGAGAGCGCGAGAGCUCACUUCAUGAAGAAGGCGGACGAACCCACCCUCUAUACGGUCAUGGUGUGUGCAAGUGGCCUGGCUGUGAGAACAUGUGUGAGGACUUUGGACAGUUUCUGAAGCACCUAAACAGUGAACACGCUCUCGAUGACAGAAGCACAGCCCAGUGUAGAGUCCAGAUGCAAGUCGUACAGCAGCUUGAAAUACAACUUUCUAAAGAACGCGAGCGUCUUCAGGCAAUGAUGACCCACUUGCACAUGCGGCCCUCAGAGCCAAAGUCAUCUCCCAAACCACUCAACUUGGUGUCGAGUGUCACCAUGUCGAAGAACCUGCCCUCAGCGUCACCCCCGAACUUACCUCAGACGCCCACCACGCCCACAGCCCCCAUCACGCCCAUGGCUGCUAUGCCCCAGGUGCCAUCGGUAUUGGGAGGAGCCAACGUCCCCAGCAUGGGAGCCAUGCGCAGACGCCACUCGGACAAAUACUCCAUGCCUUUGUCGUCGGAGAUUGCCCCAAACUACGAGUUUUAUAAGAAUGCAGACGUCAGGCCGCCAUUUACUUACGCAACCCUCAUAAGACAGGCUAUCAUGGACUCCGCCGACAUGCAGCUAACGCUUAACGAAAUCUACAGCUGGUUCACGCGCACAUUUGCGUACUUUCGACGCAACGCUGCAACUUGGAAGAACGCCGUCCGCCACAACCUCAGCCUGCACAAGUGCUUUGUGCGCGUAGAAAACGUGAAGGGGGCGGUGUGGACGGUGGAUGAGGUGGAGUACCAGAAACGCAGGUCGCAGAAGAUCACAGGAAGUCCGUCUCUUGUGAAGAACCUGCCCUCCAGUCUUGGCUAUGGAACGGCAUUAAACGCCAGCUUACAGGCUGCCCUGGCAGAGACCUCCCUGCCUUUGCUGGGGACCCCUGGGCUCAUGAGCAGCGCCACAGGCCCAAUGGGAGGCAGCUGCCAUGGCCUGCUAGGGGGCGACCCAUCUGGACCGACCGGCGGGAGCCCACCUGGACUGUUGGGCGGAAGUCCACCCGGCUUGAUAGGGAUCAGCCCACCUGGAACGUUGAGCGGCAGCCCCCCGACCAUGUUACAGUCCGCACACGAGGAUCUCAACGGCGCACUUGACCACCUUGACACCAACGGACACAGCAGCCCUGGGUAUUCCCCUCCAGUACACAUGCCCCCUGUUCACGUGAAGGAAGAGCCUCUCAACAUGGAUGAUGAUGACUGUCCGAUGUCACUCGUGACGACGGCCAAUCACAGUCCAGAACUUGACGAUGACCGGGAGCUGGAAGAAGGGAACCUAUCGGAAGACCUGGAGUGACUAGGAUAUGGUUUAUGGUCAACGUAUCCCUCCACUCUACCACACUGUUUCUCUUACACAGACCUACAAGACUAAAAAAAAACCACUCCACAGUCCAAGCAACCACAGCUGACUCUCUUUCUCACCACUGGGACUAUUUAUUGAGCAUGUAUCCGGAUAGAGACCAAUCCAAAGGAACUCUUUGUUGCAGACCUUUAGGAUUCCCAAAUCUGACAGACAUGAGAUGUCUGUUGUAAAAAGAAAAAAAAAAAGAACUCACUGAGACCUGUUAUAUUUGGGGGUGGCAUGGCCACAUAAAGUGAAAGGAUGAUGGACUCACUGAUAAGGUGGACACAUGAAACAAAUAAGCAAAUCAUGUUCUGUUGAAAGCUAGCGGCCUCCUAAACUGCCAAAAAGGAAGACGUUUUACGUUUGUGAAUAACCCAGCCCACAGUAGUUGUUAAUGUCUAGAGACGAUUGCUGGUUCAAUUCAAGUUGUUGCUCUGUUCUCAUUUGCACAGAAGUAGUCUCGGAAAAUCGUGUCACUGCCUGUAUGUUGCUACUAUUAUUAAACUCAGCAAAUUA